UUAACGAUUGGUUGUCACAGUUGUGGAGUUACGGUGCUCCGGUCAAGUCAAGUGCGAGAAUGCUGCGACUUCAUUUGCAAGUUCUAUUGCUGUCGGGAUUGCUGGCUGUGGUCUGUUGGGGUGACACUCUGGUCCAGCUCCAUGUGAAUCGUCCUUACAACGAUGUCAGUGAGAAAUUCGUUAGCUUUGCCGUCAAGCCGGAGGAUCUGUAUGAUGCCUUGGAUGGAAAGAAUCGUAAGGCUGUUACCAGCAUGGCAGCUCUAUUGGGUGAUGCCUAUAUUAAAUUCAUUGGUGACUUUUAUUUUGCCACCAAUGCACCGACACGUCUACGUAAUCCCACGAAGAUUAUCUGGAAAGGUUUUAAUCGAUGGACACGUGCCGUCAACUGGACAAUGAUUGUUCCGGUGCCAUACGCACCAGAUGAAUGGGAUUCCAUGCAUACACUGAAAAUUCUGAAUACCUCCUAUAUGGUGGGCAUUAGCGACUGCAUUUGGCAAUUGGGCACUGAUUUUGGUACCUCGAGAGCCAAGGAUUAUGUCCAAGAGUUGAGCACCUUAAAACUAAUGACAGAUACCUUCAAGCCAUAUGUGGAUAAUUGGCGUGUCAUGGGUGCAGACAUUUCGGCGGGCAGUACAGCGGAUGAGACGCGAAAAUAUGUGGAAAUGUCCAAGGAUUUGAAUGCAGCCUUUGGCUGGACCCAGCCCGCCAAUAUGUUGCCCAAGGCCAGUCUGGGCAGCUACAUCUACGACAGUGAUCCAGCCUUGAAAAUCCUGCAGCAACAGCGUGUGCCGCUUUGGCUAACACUGCCAGAGGAACGCUCCUCUAGCAAGCGUCUGAUGGGUGACGAUACCACCGAUGCCUUGCGUUGGGCACAGACAUUGGGAGAUGCGGCCAGCGGUGGCUUUGAUGUGGUAUUCAAACGCAUGAAUCUUGAGGAUUUCGAGCGACCCAAUUUCAGUUUCUAUGUAACGAGUCUGUUCAAGAAAGUUAUGGGUUCCCGAGUCUUUCCCGCUCGUCCACUGAAUGUCUUUGCUCCAAGUAAUAAACUCUAUACACACUGUGCGAAUGCUGUAUCCGGAGGAUUGGCCUUUAUGGUAGUCAACACUGAGGAACAGCCAACAACGAUAACGAUUAGGAGUUUAAGUAAAUUGGCCAGCAGCGAAAUUUGGCAAUACGUCCUGACCAGUGUGGACGAUCAUCGCGUUCAAUUGAAUAAUGUAAGACUCUCAUUGAACUCAACUCUCCGUCCGUUGGUUAAGAAGAACGAUGCAAGCAAACCGUUGCAAUUGGUUACUCCAAGCAUGUCUGUGGGCUUCUGGGUACUGCCAGAUGUUAAUUUGGAGCAUUGUCAAUUCACAGAAAUUGAAGCGGAUGAUCCUGUAAGCAAUGAAUCGUCCAGUGAGUCCCGCGGCUCCAAUCGCUAUAGCUCGGCGGAUCGUCUGUUGCAGCGUUUGAUAGAGGAAACAUCCGUGACACGUGGCUCUCUGCAGAAUGUGUUCAGAAGGAGUCGUCGAUUUGUUCUCGAUAAUCCAGAAUCGCCCAAUCCAAGUUCAUUGUUGGGUCAACUGCUGCAGCCCCUCACCAAGUCCAAGGCUGCUCCUGCAUCUGUUGUGCCUGCAAAACGUGAGGCACAGCCCAAGGAAGCCACCCAAGCAGUUCGUCCUCUUGAGGCAAUGGUUUGGUUACAUCAAGUAAUGGAACAGACACGCGAUGUGGCCCGACGACGUGGCAGACGCAGUGCCUCAAGCUAUAAUGGUCCAUAUUUCUACAACAAACACGGCAAACGAACUGGACUGACCAAGAAAAUCACUGAAAUACGUAAGCCAGAACGUAAAAACAAACCGUUGUUCAAUUUCGAUGAGUUCGAUGAGGAGAAAUUCUUCAAGAAGAUGGAGGAGCAGCCCGAAGAGCCGCCAUCGUAUACUCGUGUACCCGAGGGUGAUGUCCAUUUAGAACGGAUCGAGACCCCAGAUGGUGAGGAACAUGUAGAGCCGGAAGCUGAGCCAAUCAAGAAACGUCGACCAAAAUCGAAAACACAACUGAAAAUUGUGCAACGAUCGCAAGAGGAAUAUUCCCAAGAGGCGGAGCAUCAGGAUCAGGAACAUGAACGGGGUAGUCGACGUUUACCGCCUACAGAGUUCUUUGAGGCACCAAAAUUUGGUAAACCAAUGAAUCUAGGAGCCACCUUGAAUUCACUACUCUUUCCCGAACCCUUCUCCAGUAAGGCUAGCAGAAGCAAGGUGAAAUCCAAGACUAAGGCCCAAGAUGAACUAGAAGAGGAUGUAGAACCGGUUGAAGGCGAAAAGAAUGAAAAGCAGCGCCCAUCCAAGGCUGGUCAAGUGGCCAAUGACUUCUUGCAGGCCCAACGAGAGCUGGGCAAGCAUUUUCUUAGUCACAUCAGUGAACAUGAACACGAAUUCGCUCUAGGCGAUGAGAAUCCAUCUAGUGAUAGUUCUCUGGAAACAAUUGGAGCUGCCAAAUCAAAGCCCCAAACUAAGGAUUACUUUGGAGCAGCUCUUGCACCCAAACGAUUACCAAAAAGGGCUGAGGGAAUGACUUCUUGGUGGGAAAUGCCCUCGUUUAGACGACGUCGUGCCCUGCCCUUUACCUAUUCCAAUGAACAAUUACGUUUAAAUGCCAUUGACAAAGGUGAUCCUGAGGAUCUGCCACCACUAGGUGGAUAUUCAAUCUAUGAAUACAAAGUCGAUUUGGUCACAAUAAAGCCCGAAGAGACAGAAGAGACGACAACCCGAUCGGAGUCCGACUCCACGAUCAUGAAGAUCACCAAAAAGGUCGACUCAAAUGCAAAUUCACGCAAAAUAACAUUAUCCGAUAGCAUUGUUACCACGGUCAAGUCGAAGGUUUCCAAGUUUAUGAACAUUAUCUCACGUCACAUGAGCGAAUGGUACAACACUUUGGCCAAACAUUUGGAUACCGAUACGGUGCGACCUCAAAGACAAUCCACUGAACGUUCCGAGAAUGGCAUAGACAAGUAAUUAGAAUUAAUAAUUAUGCGAAACUAAAUACUUAUAAAUAUAAAAAAUGUAUUUAUGAAUUGUGUAAAUAUGUA